AUGCUGGCGCCGGAGGCCUUGAGCUCGUUGGACGCCAGGAGUCUUUGGCCUCGAUUGGUGGAGCAGGGUGCCCUUCUGCCCGCUGCGGCCUUGCUGAACUGCAGUGGAACUGAGUCCUUUGAAGAAUCCGAGCAAGUCACCAGCCUCAUUGCCUCCAAUCUGCUGGGCCCCUCCGCCCACGCGCGCGCCGCCCUCGCGCUGUUGACCGCCCUGCGGCCGCUGUCGCCGCCGGAGCUGCUGGCGGCGCUGCUGCAGCGGCAGCCGCUGCACCUGCUGGAGAGCUUACCGUUGCCGGACGAGGAUCUGCAGUUUGCGGCGGCGCAGCUGGCGUUGCGCCACGGGGACCGCCGUGUGGCGGGCUCCGUGCUGCGGCGGCUCGAGAAGAGCAGGUGGAUGCCGGAGGUCGUGCAGGCCGCCGCCCGCGAGGAGCCCUGGACACAGACCUGGUGGGCCCAGGAGGCGGCGAACGAGACCAACGGAUCCCUGGAGCAGCUGGGUGUGCUGAUGAACGCACGGCCCUGGAGCUCCCACCACACCCUGGCGGACCUCCUGCGCGGCUGGCUCGCGGCGAGCUCUGCGCAGGCGCGAUAUGGCGGCGACGCCGACGCUGCGGCGCGCGCGGCCAACGCUGCGCUGCGGCAGCUGCGCUUGGAGCUGCCAGAGCUGCCGGAGUUGGUGAGGUCAGUGGCAGAGUCGUUUGCAGCUUUGCAGAAGGAGGCGGCGGAGCAGUGUCCACUGCUGUUGGAGAUGGCGGCCUGUGGCCUUGAGGUGCCGGGCCUUGAGGAGCUGCUGAAGCGCUGUCGUCGCACAGAGCUCAAAGAGCUGGUCACAGCCGAUGGCCUCUCCACGCAUCAACGGCAACGUCGGGCAGCAGGUCUGGGGCGCGACGCUGCCACGGCGCUGUGGGCGGUGAAGCACUUGGGAGCUGAGGUGGAGUUACAGGAUGGAGGCUUCGAGCUCGUGUUCUCCGGCCAGAGGUGUGGCUACAUCUCUUGGAAUGAUGCCAGAAAGGCUUGCCUGGAAGACCUUUCUGUCGCAGCUUCAUAUCCCACCCAGGACCCGGAGUAUGCCACCUUUCGACCCACCUUGCUGACCCUGGGCCCAUUGGCCCGAACGCUCAGGGCCGAACCCGCGUUCGCUUUGGACUUUGCUUCGCUUGGUGGAGACGCACAAGGAACGCGGUCCGAGGACUGGACUUCGGCGCAGCGCAGCGAGGGUGAAGUCUUUCACUCAACACCGCGGCACCCGAACGCCGUGAGUCGACGACGGAAUCCGGUCGACCGUGAACUCGAACGACCGCGGUUUCACCGGCUUCAGCGGCCCAAAUUGACCUCGAGCGGCCAGCGAAUGUUGGUAGAGGCGCCCCAGAUGGCACAGGCCGGAAGAAGCGUGAGAUUUCAGGAGGAGUCGGAGGAGAUUCAUGUCGUGAACACCUUUAUCCAAGUUGGCAAGGCGCAGAGGAUGGCCUGGAGGAAACACAGCAGCCACUCUGCGCCGGCCACGGUACUCGAUGCAAAGGAUGGGCAAGUGCCAGAGCAGGGUGAACCAGACGAGGAAGAUCCUUACGCCGAGUUGCCCAUGACUUCCUGGAGAACGUUUGAUUCCUUCGAAGGAGACCACGUCCAGGACCUGCCAGUGGAAGCGGAGGAGGAAGAGGAAGAGGAAGACGACGGGGAACUGGGUCCUUUGAUGGACAAGGUUGAAACCUUCGAUCCUUUUGAAGAUGACACCCACGCGGUCGAUGCAGGCCGCGCCGCGGCCGUGCCCCUGGCGGGCACCCCGCCACUGCCCGCCGCGUCGCUUCCAGAGCCAACGAUCCUUCCGAUGGCUCCGGCGGUGCCUUCGCAGGACUUUCCGCGAGUGAUGUGCGUGCCAGCCUAUCCGGUGCAGGUGAUGUGUCCACCUGUCGCAGGCAUCACCGGCACGACUCCCAGCACUACGCCCAACUGCUCCCCGAGGCCAGAGCCACCGGUGCUUCUGGGCCGGACCGCGCAGGCCGAGUCGGCGGCACCUUUAGAAUGCCUUCGCCUGCCCAAUGGGAAGGAGAUGGUGCGAUGGAAGGUCGAUGCUCGGAAGUUGGACUCCCAGGAGAAGCAGAUCUUAUCACCUGAGUUUGAGCUUCAACUCCCAGGCCUGGGCUUGAAGCCUUUCCGGAUCAUGAUCUUAGCCAAGGAGACCAAAGGCAAAGGUGGCCGCGGCUUCGUCAAGGCCGGAGGCAAGGGGCGCCUCUUCGUGAAGUGCGAGACCUCCUCGUUGGCGCAAGCCAGAGCCAUGGCCUUCCGCGUGUCCGUGGGGCCUGCCACGGUGGAGUCUAAAGGCCCUUUGUGGCAUUUGUUUACAGAGCAGCCAAGAACAACAUGCCCCACCAGCUGCGCCCUGCGAAUGCAACCUUGGCAUGGCCAUGGGUGCUGCUACCCACAACAAGCACAGCAAGGCAACACCCGGGCAUCUUGCUCGCUGAGUUCCUUGUGUUAA